UGAGAUGAUGGGUAAGCUGGGAAACUGAAUGCCAGUGUUUAAAGACAGUUAAGGCCAAAGGACUCUUGGGUGGAUGUUGUUGUUUCUUUAAGCCGCAAAGGGAAACUGUUCACGAGGAAUUGCCAAGAAGCUAGGAGGGGCCUUAUUUGCUGCUAGUUUUUCCUUAAACUCAGGGAUACACCUCACUAAAUUAUUUCAUUAAAUUAUCCACCUUUUUUAUUUAUUUUGGGCGGACGUUCCCCUCCUCCUUGGACCAGGGAUCAUGGCUUUCUCUCAGGUCCAGUGUCUUGAUGACAGUCAUGUCAACUGGCGCUCCAGCGAAUCCAAACCGGAGUUCUUCUACAGCGAAGAGCAGAGGCUGGCGCUGGAGGCUCUGGCGUCGAAAGGGCCAGAUGCCUUCUACGAGGUCCUCAAGAAGGAGAACAUCAGGGACUUCCUUUCGGAGCUGGAGCUCAAGAAGAUUUUGGAUACGCUGGAGACCUACGACCCCGGCUCGGAGUUCAUCCCCCGAGGGCAUGAUGGUGGGGUCGACCUCAGCAGUCAGAACGGCGAACAGGACCAAGUGCCUUCUUUGGAAUACUGGCCGCAGAGGUCCGACCGGUCCAUUCCACAGCUGGACCUCGGAUGGCCGGAGACCAUCGCUUACCGUGGGGUGACCAGAGCUACUGUCUACAUGCAGCCGCCUAUUGACUGUCAACCUCACAUCAAGGAGGUCGUCCGCAAGAUGAUCUUCCAGGCUCAGAAGGUUGUUGCUGUGGUCAUGGACAUGUUCACGGAUGUAGACAUCUUCAAAGAUCUCCUGGACGCGGGUUUCAAGCGGAAAGUGGGCAUCUACAUCAUCUUGGACGAGACCAACUUGAAAUAUUUCCUCCAGAUGUGUGAGCGAGCCCAGAUGCACGCCGGACACCUCAAGAAUCUCAGAGUCCGCACAACCGGAGGCACAGAGUUUUUCACCCGCUCGGCCACAAAGUUUAAGGGCGCUUUGGCACAGAAGUUCAUGUUUGUGGAUGGAGACAAAGCCAUGAGUGGCUCCUACAGCUUCACCUGGUCUGCUGCGAGAACCGACAGGAACAUCAUCUCGGUCCUCACAGGACAGGUGGUUGAGGCAUUUGACAAACAGUUCCAGGAGCUGUACCUCAUGUCUCGGGGGGUCAGCCUGAAAUCUAUCCCCAUGGAAGAGGAGCCGGAACCAGAGCCUUUCAUCCUACCCACUCUCACCCCCGUGAACCCAGCCGUGGUGAAGAAAAUGUUCAACCCCAAGUACGCCCUCGUCAAGGCGAAGAGCGCCGAGCAGAUUAACAACAGCAAGGCCAGCAGCGACAAGAACGUUGCUGAGCAGCAGAAGGCCGAAGCGAAGAAGAAAGCCAUCCCGGAGGCUCGGGUAUCCGAGAGGCCCAGCGACAUCGUUGAGACAGCGCCGCCUAUUCACCCGGGUCUCCUCAACCUGGAGAAAGCCAACAUGUUUGAAUACCUGCCAACUUGGGUUGAACCUGACCCAGAACCUGGGAGCGAGAUAUUGGGCUACAUCAACAUUAUCGACCCCAAAAUCAAGAACAUCCAGCUGUCGCAGAUGAACCGCAUCAAGGUGUGUGACGUCUCAAAAGCCAACGCCCAGCACAAGAAGAUGCUCAGGCAAAAAUCUCAAGAGGCUAAAAGAGGCCAUGACAACCAGCCUGCCGCGACGCCUUGCCAGCAGCUCGAUGCCACCGCUGCCCCGGCCCAAACCCAAGAGGCCUGUCCGAACCCCACAGCCAGCCCCACGGAAAAGACUCCAGGGAACUCGAGGAAUGGAGAGACAUUCGCCACUCUGGCCAACAGUCAGCACUUGAAGCAGCCGCUGGACGCACAAACUCAAGGCCAAGGGGACAGCAAGGGCGCUGCGCCCCCAGUCCCCAAACCACGGACAGUCCACGUGACGGACUUGAUCUCCGCGAAAGCUGUAUGUGCCGAGGACAGGGCUGCUUCAGCAGAGGACACCCAAACUCAGCAUCCGGGGACCGGGCCACCAGACGCAAGGCAGAAUGAGAGUCCCGAACAGGGUCCCAAUGGAAGGAGCAGCUGCAAACUCAGUCGGCAGGCGUCCAUCUAUGAGGAAGUAGCCCCCUUCCCCGUGAACGGGGUUCAAGGGGGCGAGGCCGAGGAGGAAGAGGAAGAGGAGGACUAUGUGACGUUAAGCGACCACGAGAGCCUGUCGGGCAGCUCCGCCACCAACCACAGCCACCUCCACUCCGACGCGUCCUCCGUCUCCGAUGAAUACUGCAAGGGGAGGCGGCCCUGUGGGCCUCUGCGGAGGACCAAUUCUGACUUCCUACCCAACGGAGGCGGCCACAGCCCUCAGCACCACCCAGACUUUCAGAGGAAGCUGAGUGAGCCCUACAUGAGUCGCAGCACCUUCCCCAGUCCUCUGGGGAGCCCCCAGCCGCUGCUAAGCCUGGGGUUGGCCAGCCAGAUGAGGAGGAGAAGCGACAGCGUGGAGGAGAUUAGGUGUGUUUUGGGAAGGGACCGUAAUCCGCAUGCUUUGCCCGACGGCUACAAUACCUGUCUGAGCAAUGCUCCACAGGGACCACAACUGCUCUGCUACGGGUCCAGGGUGCAAAUGUCUGUGGGAAGAGGCAAAAGUGGUUCCCCGCAUCAGAAAACCCCGGGAGACGGAAAAUACCAGGAGGAUGGAAGCCGGGCCAAAAAGCAACCCCCAAGCCCAGCCGGCCAGCCGUACUGGCAGAGCAAAGGUUUCAGCACCUCCAAGAACACACAAGCCGGCCGCUUCUCCCAAGGAAGGAGCAGCCCCUCACGAGCAGUCUCCACCCCAGAAGCCCAGAGGGCGGCGGAAGAAAUAAGGACACCUUUUGGCAUCCCGCUGUCCAAACUGUCGGAAUCCAAGCACCUAAAGAACAAGGUGUCUCCCUGGUCCGAUGCCAAGAGGAGGCAGCCAGGAGCCAGCAACCACAAAGAGCAAUAGGACGGGAGAUGGUCGCCCUGGGACGCUGAGAAAGAGCCCUGCCGGGGUCUGGGGAGGGACCCCCCACAAAAGUGGGGUUGCUUUGCAACAGUGCGCUCGCCCAGCGGGGAGAGGGGGGUUUACCUGGUCUGUGCACCAGUA